ACACCGAUAGGAAAAUCAAGAAAGAUGGACUUAGUCUCUUCUGGUUUGCUACAAUCUGUCAUUUCAAACCACAAGGCACCAGGAAAUUUCCAUCGUGCUAAGCGCCUCAUUGAAUCGUAGACCCCAAGAAAGUGAAAGAAAACCCCAUAUAUAAAAGCCUGAAUGGAACACUGUGAUGAUUAAAAUAACCACAGUUGACAGCAUGACCAUUUUGAGCUACUUCAAUGAUACCAGAUAUACACGCAGCAUUCACGUUCGAGUUCAAGAAGACAGGCUUCCCCACACAAACCCCAUCCAGGAUCAAGAUCCUGUCUUUCCAAACAGAACAGUGGCGGGGCAGAUCUCGAGGAGGGUCUUCGAAAUUUUGUUCUACUCACACUUAAUGUUAAUCACAGUCUUGAUAAUCUUCUUGACUACCUACGGCCUAAUCUCUGCCUCUCGCAACCACCAAUUCCACCCCUCAAGGUGGUACCCUCCGCUUCUGUCUUCAACAGCGAGUGCCGGAGUAUUUGCCUUUACAUGUCAAUGGAUCACAGCGCGCAGGCCCUCAAAGGUCAUCAAGGCAGCAUUUUGGCUGAGUCCCCUCCUUACACUAGCAGUUGGCGUUAUGUUUGUGUACAUUGAAUCUGCAGUUAGUAUGGUAGCUGGUGUGGUUGCCUUGGUUUCUGCAUUGAUACUGUCUCUUUAUGGCUGUUGGGUCAGUCCCAGAUUUGAAUAUGCCAACAAAUUGUUAUCAAUCUCCUUAACUUUUCCUCCUGCUAGAAUUAUGGGGCUGGUUUUCUCAUUAAUCCUUACUGGUAUUCUUUAUUGCUGUUUCCUGGUUGCUGGGAUAGGAGGGUCUAAAGCUAUUGAAAGCAAAACCAAGUUGUCCGCUUUGUUCAUCUUGGUGAUCCUGCUGAGCCUAGGAUGGACUAUGCAGUUUCUGAAGAACGUGCUGCAAGUCUCUGUCUCAAGGGUCAUGUACAUGAAUUUUGCUUGUGGAGUACACAUGGACACAAGAGUGGCAUUCCAUGACACAACCAAGUACUUAACUGGUAGUGUUUCCAUUGGCUCCAUCCUUGUGCCUCUAAUUGGACUCUUUCGAGGUUUUGCAAGAUCCAUGAGUCUGGCUGGAGGAGACACAGAUGAGUUCAUGUUCUCCUGCGUUAGUUGCUACAUGGGGAUUGCUUCUACUCUUGUAAGACGUGGCAAUCGAUGGGGUUUUGUGUAUGUUGGAAUCUAUAACAAGGGAUUUGUGCAGUCAUCCUCUGAUACAUGGGAGAUGUUCAAUAGGGUUGGUUUGGAGCAACUGAUAGACUCAGAUCUCACAGGAUCAUUCUGUUUCCUUUGUGGGGUGGCAGGGGGUGCUAUCAGUAGCCUGAUGAGUGGAAUAUGGACCCUUUUAAUUCACAAGAACUAUGCUGCAGAAGUGUCCAUUUAUGCCUUCUUGAUUGGCUACUUCAUGUGCCGGCUGGCUAUGGCCUGGCCACAAGCAUGCGUUUCAGCUUACUACGUAGCUUACGCAGAGAAUCCACAGAACAAUCGAUUUGACUCAACAAUCCCGCUACGGUUGCAGCAGCUUCAAAGAGCUCGAGCAUAGCAAACAUUCUUGUGUCUUUCGUAGAUUCUAAUCUUACUAAUGUAGGUUCCUUAUCAUAGUCCCAUGAAACCGUUGAAAUUGGCACAUUGUUGCAACUUGCAAGGACUGUAAUGAAUUUGUAUAAAAGGUGAAAUGUACAUAGCUCACGCAACACAAUUCAGGCUAGAGUAGCCUGAAAUCACGUUUUAAAUGACCACUGAUUCUUCCGUUUCUUCUUCCCGAAGGCAAAUUGCUAGAAUCCCAUAGGGAGAUCAAAUUUACUCACCAUCGAAUCAAAGCAAGAACUUACUACAAUCUUUAGCUUUGAUAAAGUAGAUCCUAACUUCUAAAAAUUAAAGCGCAUUGCUUCACACAGGAAAAAAUUACUGGCAACAUCUCUAAAUCAUGUACAACUUUCAUGUGAACUUGCUAGAGAUCAAAAUACAGCGAAGCCUUGUAAUAUUUGAAUCUUGUAAAAUGAAGGAUCAAAAGGACAAGAAUCAGGGCUUCCUUCUGAUCGGUGGAUGCAGCUAGAGAUCAUAGGUUCAAAUCAAAGCACUUGCCCUGUUCGGUCACUGGUUACAAAAGUGGAAAGGAAUUUCCUUCUCAUCAUCCCUGUGU